AUGGAUGGCUUCGGGAAACCCAUGAGUCUGACCGAGCGUCGAGCCUCAAUGCACAACUUCGACGAUGGCGAUCUAUCCCCAACCCGCGCCACACUAACCCUUAAUACCAGCUCAAGCAAUGCUCGACUGCCAUCUCUACUGGACGGGAUAGUACAAUCCCGUCGUCGAGCACCCCCAACGCCCAACAUGAUGACUCCGUCCGCAGAUCCAGACUCGCCUACGCUCUCCAGCCAUGAUCCCCCGCCCCCUCCUACGCCUGCUGCGAGUCCUGGACCCGACGCCCGAAAUCAGCCGAACUGGAAGGAUGCGGGAGAUCAUGAGGAUGCGUUUUUGUCCAAGAUCAGAUCGCAUUUCAAUGAUGCCUCGUCGGCAGAACGACAUAGGAUAUUGGCUGAUCUGCUGAAUCUGUGUUCAAGUCAGCAGUUGAGUUUCGUCCGGCAAUAUGUAGAUCCGUUGCUGAAAAAGGAUCCGUUUACGAGUCUGCCGACCGAGCUCUGCUUAAGGGUUCUGGCCUGUAUUGACGAUCCGAAAGUCCUAGCCCGGGCCUCACAAGUAUCGCAUCGCUGGAGAGAAUUACUCGCAGAUGACGUGACAUGGAUGAACCUGUGCGCCAAACACGAUUACGGGCGUAGAAUAUCGAUAUCAGAACAUCUGAUCAACACCCCUCCCUACUCGACCUUCCGACCACCGCUCAACCCUAUCCAAAAUGUCCAGCUCCAAGACACGCAUGUCAAAUCCUUCCUUGGCGCUGCGGGACCCUCAUCCUACACGUCGUGGAAUGCCGGUGUAUCAAAAAGCUUUGAUAGUGCCACAAGUUCGGCUGCCCUUCGGAGACCAAAGAUCAGGUCGUACAAGUCGCACUUUAAGCAACGAUAUUUGGUAGAGACGGCUUGGAGAACUGGCGGAAAUCAUGUCGCGAAGCAUAUCACACAAGAUCAGGGAGUGGUGACUAGUUUGCAUCUCACGCCGAAGUAUAUUGUGGUUGCGUUGGACAACGCCAAGAUCCAUGUCUUUGAUACCAACGGCUCAAACCAAAAGACGCUGCAGGGCCAUGUAAUGGGUGUCUGGGCUAUGGUUCCUUGGGAUGAUAUCCUGGUUAGCGGUGGGUGUGAUAGAGACGUUCGAGUGUGGAAUAUGGCCACAGGCGAGAGCGUACAUACUCUCCGGGGCCACACUUCCACCGUCCGGUGUUUGAAGAUGUCAGACUCGACGACGGCAAUCUCUGGGUCGAGGGACACCACGUUGAGAGUUUGGGAUAUCAAGACUGGGCUGUGCAAGAACGUGUUGGUAGGUCAUCAAGCGAGCGUCAGAUGUCUGGAGAUCAAGGGCGACAUUGUGGUCUCUGGCAGCUACGAUACGACGGCGAGGGUUUGGAGUAUUUCCGAGGGGAGAUGUCUGCGAACACUAUCCGGGCAUUUCUCCCAGAUUUACGCCAUUGCGUUUGAUGGGACGAGGAUCGCUACGGGUAGCUUGGAUACGAGUGUGCGGAUAUGGGAUCCAAGUAAUGGAUCCUGUCAGGCAAUUCUUCAAGGUCACACCUCUCUCGUCGGACAACUACAGAUGCGUGGGAACACCCUCGUAACAGGCGGCUCGGACGGCUCAGUACGAGUCUGGUCGUUGGAAAAGAUGGCACCGAUCCACCGUCUCGCAGCACACGACAACAGCGUUACAAGUCUGCAAUUUGAUGACACCCGGGUCGUAAGCGGAGGCAGCGACGGUAGAGUCAAAGUCUGGGAUCUCAAGACGGGGCAGCUGGUUCGAGAAUUGACUGCCCCGGCGGAUGCGGUAUGGAGAGUGGCGUUUGAGGAGGAGAAGUGCGUGGUAAUGGCUAGUCGGAACAAUAGGACGAUCAUGGAGGUAUGGUCUUUCUCGCCGCCCGACGAGGCCCUCUAUGAAUCAAACAUUACAAAUGUGCAACGCAGUCUCCUCAAUGCAGGCCCCCCUCGCCCUCAGUCUGCGAUCGAGUACAAGAUGUCGAAUGUGCAGGACCAAGCAAUGAGCGGCAAUGACGAUGUGGGUGUGGGCCUGUCGUACGGUAUUGGGCGGCAUAUUGAGGAUGUGGAUAUGCUCGACCCGGUUCCUAACACGGCGCCGCUCGUGGGGACGAGGGGCCAGACGUUCUUUCGGGAUGAUUGA